CGUCGUUUGUAUGCCAAUGUCAGUUUCCACAAUGUUUGCUUGUGUGGAGUGUAGGGAAGCCGACCUGGACGGAGAAAAUAGUGGGAGUACUUGUUGAAUUUCAUCGUUUGAGUGCACUGAUUUACUCGACAGACCAAUUUCUUUUAAAUUAAAUUACAGAGUUCUGUUUUUUCUUUCAAGAUUGUGCAGUGAACGUUCACAAGAGUUGUCGGACCCUUCUAGCUGAGUGUAACAGCAGCAAGAACAAGAAAGAUUAUCUGCAUAGGACCUCUGCAACAGCAUCUCCUAACCUAGCCCUGAGGGAGUGGGAUCAGGACAAGUCCUCGCCGGCCCCUGAUGGCCCCUCCGGCUCGCCGCAAGUCCCAGGCAUGACCCUCACCCCGCGGGGACCCAGUGCUCAGCCUGCCGCCUCCAACAGCUCUUCCUCCAGCCACAGUCACACUGCUGGAGCCAGCCUCAACCUCAACCACAGCCACAACAGCAGCUCUGGAUCCCUCCCAGGGGACAUGGACGAGACGGACAGCCUCCGCUUCGGGAUCAAGCGCUUCAACGAGGACGCGGUGUCUCUGGCCCCUUCCACCACUGACUCCAUCAUCGUAGAGGAUGCGUACUACUCUGCGGUUCGAGCUGAUCUGGAGUCAGAUGCCCAGGACUUGGAUGUGGAGUCAUGGAGCCUGGCUGUGGACCAACAGUACCUGAAGAAACACACCAAGGAGAUGGUCAAGAGACAGGACGUCAUCUACGAGUUGAUGCAGACAGAGAUGCAUCACGUACGGACCCUGAAAAUCAUGCUGCAUGUGUACGUGAGGGAGCUGAAAGAGCACCUUCAGAUGGAUGAGCGGUGUCUGGACUGUCUGUUCCCGCGCCUGGAGAGCCUGCUGGAGCUGCACACACACUUCCUUUCCCGCCUCAAAGAGCGGCGCCGAGACGCCAUGCAGCCCGGCAGCGACAAGAACUACAACAUACAGAGACUCGCUGACAUCCUUACCACACAGUUUUCAGGUGAGUUAGGGGAACGGAUGAAGGAGAGCUAUGGUGAUUUUUGUAGCCACCACACAGAGGCUGUCAAUUACUACAAGGAGCAGCUGCACAACAACAAGAAGUUCCAGAACCUCAUACGGAAAAUCAACAAUUUGUCCAUUGUGAGAAGAUUAGGAGUGACAGAGUGUAUUCUACUGGUGACUCAGCGCAUCACGAAGUACCCAGUGCUGGUGGAACGCAUUGUGCAGAACACAGAAGUGGGCACGGACGAGCACGAGGAGCUGACGAGGUCUCUGAGUCUGAUCAAAGACUGCAUCGUCCAGGUUGAUGCCCUGGUCAACCUCCAUCAGAAAGCCUCGCGCCUCCGAGACAUCGCCCACAAGAUGGAGCCCAAGUCCCUGGGCAAGGUCAAAGAUGGCCGUGUCUUCCGCGGAGAGGACCUGACUCUGGGCAGACCCAGGCUGCUGCACGAGGGGACCGUCAACCACAAGGCUGCCUCUGGCAGACUCAAAGAUAUUCUCGCUGUGCUGCUGUCAGAUGUCCUGUUGUUACUCCAAGAGAAAGACCAGAGAUAUGUCUUCUCUACUGUGGACAACAAGCCAUCAGUGAUCUCCCUCCAGAAGUUGAUAGUGAGGGAGGUGGCCCACGAAGAGAAGGCCAUGUUCCUAAUCUGCGCCUCCUCCAACGAGCCUGAGAUGUACGAGAUCCACACCGCCUCCAAGGAGGAGCGCAACACCUGGAUGACACACCUCCGCCAGGCAGUGGAGAGUUGUCCACAAACAGAGAGGCUCUUCAGUGAGGAGGAGGAGGCUCGAGCCGCCAGAUUCAAAGAGUUCCAAGAGCGUCUGAGCCAGAAGGAUGGCCAGAUCGUGGCAGGUCUGACAGAGAAGCUGCAGCUGUUUGCAGACAUGGCAGAGUCUGUGGCUGGUCUUGAGGAUAUGGCCUCACGCUCCUGUCUGCUGCUGCGUGGUGAUGCCUCAGACCUCCACCAGGGGGAGACGCUGCUCAAGGGAGCCAUCACUGAAGUGGAGAACCUUCAGAACAUGUUGCUGUCUGGUGUGAGAGAGCUAGCUCCACGUCCAGAGGAGGGUUUAGGCUCCGGGGCUAUGCCCAGGAGAGCAGGCACCUUCGGGGGCUACGACAGCAGCCCCACCAUCCUCAACAAGAAAGGCAGUGUGAAGAAGAAGAACUACAGUGGAGGGGACAGAGACAGGAGCCAGAGAGCCCGCUCUGACCCCCAGCUCAAGGAGAUUCAGACCAGCCAGGCCCUGGAGCAGCCACCGGCUGCUGAUAAUGAUGAGGCCUCUCCAGCCAUCUGGAACCCCAUCUGGUCCAACACCUUUCCAGAAGCUGAGUUCUUUGACCUGGUGCUGAUGCUGUCUCAGAGACUCUACAGCUUGCAGGCCAUCAUCUGCCAGCAAGACAGCCACAUCGAGCUACAGCGCGCCUCCCUCAAAGAGCGUGCCUCCUUCCCCGGCCGUCACCGUGGCAACGUGCUCCUGGAGCAGGAGAAACAGAGGACGCUGGCCCUGCAGAGGGAGGAGCUGGCCAGCUUCCACAAGCUGCAGUCACAGCACCGACAGGAGCAGGCUCGCUGGGAGAGGGAGCGGGAGCGCCACCGGCAGCAGGCAGAGGCCGCGGAGGGCAAGCUGAGGCAGAGGGAGGAGGAGUGCAGGAGGCAGGAGGAGAAGCUGGCGGAGGAGAGGGAGGAGCUGGAGAGACAAAGGGAGAUGUACCAACAGGAUCUGGAGAGACUGAGGGAGUCAACCCGCACCGUGGAGAAGGAGAAGGAACGCCUGGAGCAGCAGAGGAAGAUCAAGAGGAAGACAAUCGAGGUGGUGCCACUAUCCGGCAGUCUAAAUGGGGACCUCCUGCUGGGCAUGGGCGGUCGCGGUGUUGGCGGUUCAGACCUCUCCCGCACCCUCCCCCUGCCCCAGAAGGCCCUGGUGCGCCCCAGCCUCUCGGGGGUGCCCGCAGACUACCUGGAGCAUCCCGAGGUUCCGCCGCGGGGUCAGAGCGUCAAUGCCACCGUGUUGCCGGUGAAGAAGGAGGUGCCGCUCCACCUGUGCAGCACCACCAACCAGCAACACAAGCAGUUUGGCGUCCAGCAGCAGAUCCCCACCAAACUGGCAGCGCUGAGCUCAAAGAGCUCCAAGAAUUGCAAGGGCAAGGCCUCGCACCGCACCGACAGCACAGCCUCUGUGGAUAUGAAGCAGAUGCUGCCUAUGAAGUUGUCAGCCAGAGAGGACGGCACUCUGAAAGCCAAGUGCUCCAUCAGUCCUCACCAGAGGCACCCCCUAACCCACUCCCAGUCCCUGCACUUCACAGAUUCAGUGAUCCAUCCAGACAGUGGGCCAGAGAACCAGCCCUCCUCCACCCACCUGGUCUGCCUACAGAAGCCCCCCAGCCAGACCUCCAAUCCCCUCCACACCCAGCCCCAGGCUCCUAACCGCCUCCAUACCCAGAGCCCCAACCCCUCUUCAGCCCAGGCCCCUGUCCACGGCCUCAGCCACAGCCAGCCCCCUCCAUACAGGAUCACUGAGGACCUGAACAAGGAGGAUGUCAUAUUUUUCUAAGUCCUCCAGAAAGAGGGGACACCUCUCUCAGCUGCUGUGGAGCACAGCGGGCAGGGACCAAAGGGAGGCCUGUGAUGUCAUCACCUGUGACGUCCGAGCUCUAGGAACUGGGACAAAACAUUUCCUUUUAAAGAGGUCAUUUGAACAAUUAUUUCUUUUAAGAAUAUAUUUUAUCAUGGUCCCCUAAAUCUAAUGCCAAUAACUGUUUUUAAUCGUUUUUUUUAUUCAACGUCAGAUGUUGAUUAUGAAGAAGUGAAGAAAGACAACUGUGAUUAAUAUAACGGGUUAUUCUAAACAUGAAGACUUCACUUGACGUUCUGGACCAUUUCAAAGACUUUCCCACAGAGAGCAGGACGAAGAGUGGCAAGAAAGAAGGGAAUGAAUGAACAGAGAGAGACUGCAGUGUGUGUGAAGGGAGUGGUAGGAGACAGUCACUGAAACAGUCUCGUGAUGUAGUCUGUCUCUCCUGAAAAAAUGUGCACCUUUUGGAAGCAGUGGAGCCACAGGGAGGGAUGAACUGAUGAUGAUGACAUUGCUCGCUGGCCUGUGUGUUGACUCAGCCAGAUGUUUUUAUUUUGCACUGUGUAAAUACUUAUUUUACAGGCUAACGAUACAUAUGAACCAGGACUGUGAUGGUUUGGACUUAUGAUUGAGCCACGAAUUAAGUUAUAAGUAUGAAGGGUUACUUUUUAUGUAUUUUUUUUUCUUAAUCAUGUGUUUCUUAUUAGAAAAGACUGAACAAAAAAUAUGAACGCAACAUGCAACAAUUUCUAAGAUUUUACAGAGUUACAG